AUGUAAAAAAUAAUAUAAAUAUCUUUGAUUAUUUCAUUAUUUAUCAAUUAAUUUAAUUUUUUACCCUGCCCAGAGGGUACUGAAACUAAUGUUGCUGGUAUAGAUGAUGAUUCAGGAAAUCCAGCAAAUUGUGUUAACUGUAAAAUUGAUUAUUAUUUUAAUGGUGAUAAUUUCAUACCUGGUGUUAGUGUAUGCAAAGAAUGCCAAAUUUUAAAAUAUGAGGGUGAAUAAGCUAAUCCUGGUGGUAUAGCUACAUUAGCUGUUUAAUGUGACAUUAAUUGUCCUUAUGGUACUUAAACUGAAAAUGGAUAAACUUUUUAUAUAGCAUAAAAACAAGAAUGUAAUUUUUGUAAAGCUGACUAUUAUUACUUUAUCGAAAUAAAUGAUUUCGAACCAGGUGAUUCCUAUUGUGAUAUAUGUUAAAUAAAAAAAACUUCUGGUUCUUUAGCAACUAUAGGUUAUGAAGCUACAUCAGAAAAAUAAUGUAUCGUCACUUGCCCUACCGGAACAGUAAGUAUGCAUGGAGAAACUAAUUUUUAUAAUGAGAAAAAAGAAUGUAAUAGAUGUAAUAUUCACUUUUACUUUGAUUCAGAUAACUUUAUAGAUGGCGAAAGUACAUGUAAACCUUGUCCUGUAAAAAAAAUUAUUGGUGGUGUACGGAAUUUAGGAAAAAAUGCUAAAAAAGAUGUAUAAUGUGAAGUUUAAUGUCCUUCUGGCACUGUGGUUUAAGAUGGAAAAGCAACUUUUGAAAAUGAUAAAUCUGAAUGUGUUAAAUGUGCUCCUAAUUUUUAUACUGCUAAGCCUUAAAGUUGGGUAGCAGGUAUUGAUAUAUGUUUUCCUUGUCCUAAUAUAUUAAUUUAAGGAGCUAAAGCUAAUUAUGGUACUUCUGCAUCUAUGGCUACUUAAUGCAGAGUUGUUUUUUCAUAACUUUUGAAAUUUUCCUUAUUAUUUAUUUAUUUUUAUUUUUUAUGA